AUGGCAGCUCGCAGCGCCGCUCUCAAGAUCGAUUGGGCCAAGGUGUCGACCUCGCUCGGCCUCCGCGGCCAGACCGCCACAUCGUUGCAGGCGUUCAAGAAGCGCAACGACGAUGCCCGCCGCAAGGUGCAGGUGCUGUCCGAGCAGCCGCAGACUGUCGACUUCGCGCACUACCGCAGUGUGCUCAAGAACCAGGCCGUCAUCGACGAGAUCGAGAACCACUUCAAGAACUUCAAGCCCGCCACCUACGAUGUUGCCCGCCAGCUGAAGGCUAUCGAUGCCUUUGAGGCCCAGGCUGUGCAGAACGCUGAGCAGACUAAGGGCAAGGUCGAGGCCGAGCUGCAGAACCUCCAGAAGACGCUGGAGAAUAUUGAGACGGCUCGUCCGUUUGAGGAUCUCACUGUGGACGAGGUCGCUUCCGCCCAGCCCGAGAUCGACGAGAAGACCGCUUCGCUCGUCUCCAAGGGCAAGUGGAUGCCCCCGGGUUACAAGGAGCGCUUCGGCGAUCUGUCCGCCGUCUAA